AAUUUCAGAGGGUUACGCUAACAGCGUAUUUGAGGCGGACUGGAGGGAGAUGCCAGGGAUGACGUCAACGGCGUAUGUCGCGCCGCUUCCAGCCGUCAUUUGCGGUUGGUGAAGCCUGCAGCUGCGGAGUAGGGUACAUGAAUAACGACGUCCCUCCUCUGGAAAAGAGCUCUGAGAGGAGGGGGGAACGGCAGCGAAGCAAUCGGAACUGCUGCAGUUCCAGCGGCCGGAGUUAGAAUCGGGAGUAGUCUUAUUUUGUAACUAUGCUAUACAUGAUGUCACACCUGAAUAAGAGAAAAACAUUUUUUUAAUUUGCUAUUAAUUUCAUAGUUAACCAGCUAGCCCAUUUAUAGUUACAUUUCUGAGUACCACUGAGCACAGAGCGUGAUUGCAGGAGCGAAAUAUUGAAACUUGUCUGUCAUGAAAAAUUGAGACAUGGCGUAAUAUAUUGAACUUUAGAAAUAAGAUAUUGACUGUGUAAUAAUACCAGGAAGGACACAAAACACUGCUUUUUGGAGGUGGACAUUUGGGACAGCCGCGAUCCACGACCCUCUUCAGAAUUGUUUGACCUGAAUUUUAUGCUAGCUUCCCUGGCUAGCCUACUGAUUGGGGAGGUAUUGGAAUACCAUUGCUAACAUUACAGCGUAAUUGUGGUCCAGACUGAGCUGCUCCCAAGCCCCGGAGUCAACUAGAUCGAACAGGCGGAGGACAGAAGCGACAUCAAGCUGACUCCCUAGAAAGCAGAGUCGUAGUUCGGGCCGGCUCGAGAAUGGGAUAGGGGGCGGACAAGUGGACGAUGGGAGAGAGAACGGAACCGGAGCAGUGGGACACAGGAAGGUUCCGACGCAAUACAGGGCAGUGAUGCCGGGCAUGGUGGUGUUUCGACGGCGCUGGUCGGUGGGCAGUGAUGACCUGGUGCUCCCCGCCCUCUUCCUCUUCCUCCUGCACUGCACAUGGCUGGUGGUGCUGUCCGUGGUGCUGUUCGGACUGCCCUACGGCUCGGACCAGUCCUGCUCCGUGACGCUCGUGGACCACGGGCGGGGCUACCUGGGCAUCCUGGUCAGCUGCCUGAUCUGCGAGGGCGCCAUCAUGUGGCUGAGCAUGAGAGGCAGCAUCCUGUACACGCAGCCCCGGGAAGCCGUGCAGUACGUGCUCUACAUCAGACUGGCUAUUUUGCUAGUGGAGCUGGUGUACGCAGUGGUGGGAAUUGUUUGGCUGGUCCGGUUCUACCAACCCUGCUCUGACAUCACUGCCAAGAACCUGACGCUGGGUAUCGUGGUGUGUAACUGGCUGGUGAUCUUCAGCGUGUGUUUCACCCUCAUGUGCACCUUCGACCCCACGGGCCGCACCUUCGUCAAGCUGAAGGCUACUCGCCGGCGUCAACGCAACCUCACUACCUACACACUCAGACACAGACUAGAGGAAGGGCAGGCCAGCAGCUGGAGCAGGAGACUCAAGUUCUUUAUGUGCUGCACCAGAGCACAGGACUCCCAGUCAGACGCGUACUCAGAGAUUGCCAGUUUGUUUGCGGAGUUCUUCAGAGACCUGGACAUCGUGCCCAGUGACAUCAUCGCUGGCCUGGUGCUGUUGAGGCAGAGGCAAAGGUCCAAGAGGUCCGCCAUUCUGGAUCAGGCCAACAACGACAUCCUGGCUUUCCUGUCCGGAAUGCCAGUCACGCGUCACACCAAAUACCUGGACCUGAAAAAUUCGGCCGAAAUGCUGAUGUAUAAGGAGGUGUGCUACUACAUGCUGUUCGCCAUGGCCGCUUACGGCUGGCCCAUGUACCUCAUGCGGAAGCCCGCCUGCGGACUGUGCCGCUUGGCCAGCUCCUGUCCGAGCUGCCUGUCCGUGUCGGGCUCCCGCCUCUCGCACGUGACCGUGGAGGAGGACAACUGCUGCGGCUGCAACGUGCUCGCCAUCCGCAGGAACUUCCUGGACCACGACCUGAAGCAGGUCCACAUCGUCUACACCUCCUGCCACGAUGCCGUAUAUGAGACACCUUUCUUCGUGGCAGUGGAUCAUGAAAAGAAGAAAGUUGUCAUCAGCAUCCGAGGAACUCUGUCACCCAAAGAUGCAAUGACUGAUCUGACAGGAGACUCUGAGCGUUUGCCUGUGGAAGGGCAGCAGGGUAACUGGCUGGGACACAAGGGCAUGGUUUACUCAGCCGAGUACAUCAAGAAGAAGCUGGAACAGGAGAUGAUCCUGUCACAGGCCUUUGGAAGAGACCUGGGAAAGGGCACCAAGCACUACGGGCUGGUGAUAGUCGGGCACUCCCUGGGCGCGGGCACGGCCGCCAUCUUGUCUUUCCUGCUGCGCCCCCAGUACCCCACGCUGCACUGCUACUCCUACUCGCCGCCCGGCGGGCUCCUCAGCGAGGACGCGAUGGAGCACUCGAAGGAAUUUGUGACCUCUGUGGUUCUGGGGAAGGACCUCGUGCCCAGAAUUGGUCUUUCUCAGCUGGAAGGGUUUCGUCGCCACCUACUGGAGGUUUUACAGCGGAGCAACAAGCCAAAGUGGAGGAUCAUCAUGGGGGGCACAAAGUGUAUUCCCAAAUCUGAACUGCCGCUAGAAGGUGGCCCCGAGGCCCAGACCACUGCCCCCCCAAGUACUCGCCUUUGGCUGCACCCCAGUGACCUCAGCAUCGCCCUCUCUGCCUCCACCCCGCUCUACCCCCCGGGCAAGAUCAUCCACGUGGUCCACGACCACCCUCCAGAGAGCUGCUGUGGUCAGGAGGAACCCACUUACUCAGCCCUGUGGGGGGACAACAAGGCCUUCGACGAGGUCAUCAUCUCACCCGCCAUGCUGAACGAGCACCUGCCCCACAUGGUAAUGGACGGGCUCAACAAGGUGCUGGAGAACUACAACAAGGGGAAGACGGCCCUGCUGUCUGCGGCCAAGAUCAUGGUCAGCCCCACAGAGAUGGACCUCAACCCGGACGCCAUCUUCCUGGCUGCGCCGGCCUCCCAGGAGCCCACACCCACCGCCCACCAUCGGAGGAACAGUAGUGUCCGCUCCUGCGCUCGCUCGGAGAUCUCCCUGAACGGUUUCUCCGAGUGCCCGCCUCCCCCCGUGCCCGUGGUGCUCCAGGCGGCUCAGGAGCGCCUCACGGUGGAGCUCCGGGAGCGGCGGGCCCCGCUGGCCGUGAUGGAGAGCCUGUCGGACGCCGAGUCCCUGUACAGCCUGGACUCCCGCCGGUCCUCGGCGGCCCUGCGGGGCUCCCCGAACCUGGGGAGCCUGGGCUUCUCCCUGGGCACGCCCAUCCCCGAGGAGAACCCCUCGCUCAGCUCGCGCACCGAGCUGCUGGCGGCCGACUGCCUCGGCCAGGCCUCCGCCGACCACGACCUGGGCGAGAACGGGCCCUACUCCACCCCGCCGGACUCCGGGUCCACGCCCAAGUUCUUCCACCGUCUGUCCCCGGCGACGCCCCGCUUCGGAAGCCCCGCCCCGUUGGCCCAGACUGUCCUGGGCCAGCCGGCGGGCCGGGGGACGGCGCGCCCCUCCUCCUGUUCCCCCUCGGAGUCCCCCGUCCCCGCCAGCCCCGAGAGCUCCCCCGCCCCGCCCGUCCGCCUGAGGGCCGGCGGCGGGAGCGGGAAGGAGGAGGAAGAGGAGGAGGGGGAGGGCGAGGACCAGGCGGAGGGCCCGUGGGAGAGGGAAGAGGAGAAAGGAGAGGCGAGGCCGGAGACGGGGCCCGACUCCCCCGCCUGCCCCGACCCCUUGCCCAACGGGGCCCCCAGCCAGGUGGUGCUGGAGUUCGCCCAGUUCCUGGACUCCCUCUUUAAGCUGGACGGCAGCUCGCCCCCGCUGGAGCUCUCGGACGGGGAGUCGGAGUCCGGGCGGGGCUCGUACGGCCAGGAGGACGGGCCGGGGGAGGGGCAAGCGGCCGACGAGCGGGUCCUGCUGGCCCGCGCCACGCUGGAGCCCAACCUGGUCCCCAAGCCCCCGCGCACGUUCGCCGGCUCCGCCGACCCCUCCUCCGGCAUCUCCCUCUCGCCCUCCUUCCCCCUCUCGUCCUCCGGCGAGCUCAACGACCUUUCGCCCGCCGACGGGGCGCCGCCCGCCCUGCACCCGCUCCGAACUACUGCCCCGUCCCCCUACCCCGGAGAAAACACCCUGUCGUCCAUGGUCUGACUCUCCCUGCCCUUCUCUUCUCCAUUCCAUCCCUUCUUUUCCCCCUUCACUGAAUGCCCAGGACUGAACCGGGCUCUCCCUGCAUCCCUUUCACUCCCUCUAUCAGCACUCAUUGGGACCUCUCUGUAAUGUAUCAUUGUACAGUACAAGCAGAUGCAAGCAGAGACACCGGUGUAUAACCGAUUAUUUCUUUAAUACCUGACUUCAUACUACGGAAAUCCGAUACAACAGGGGUUACAGUGUGCGGAAACCAUUUUAUCGCUUCCAAGCCGCCCGCUGGAAGCCAGUUGUCGUGCCUGGUAUUAAUGCGUUGUUUAUUUAUUAUAAUUUCUCCUCGUUUUUUUUAUGCAGAAAAUGUAUCUGACAAUAUCGACUGCCGUGAAACUUUUUUUUGCCUUGCCAGGUGUGGUAGGGCAAUGCACAUUUUACAGAUUUUCGGAGCAGUCAGUCCGUCGCCGAGGCCAAUAUGGCCAACGGGUUUUCGUGCAAGCGAGUUGCUGCAAGCAGAACAAUCCGGAGACCCUUAGGUCAGGAAUCGUCGAUGUGGGAACCCGACCGACGCGCGUCGAGUUCAUAAGUCGUGCCAUAUCGCGUCCUCGCAGGGAGCAGCUUACCGAAGCCCUUUUCCGCGUGGGCGCUCGCGCUCGAAUGGCAGGGCCUGAAAACCGGCGCGCGUAGCGCGGAGGUGAGAGCACAAUGAAGUUUGACCGUACAAUGCAUGUUGGCGUGACCCUUUAAAAGCCCGUUCCUUCAGCGAAAAGACUAGCCUCUGUAGGAAACUGCAGAGGACGUACCUCCAUCGUUGUGAACCUGUGGACCUAGCUCAAAGUGCUAUCCUUACGAAGCACUCUUAAUAAUGUUCUUGACAUGGCACUCCUGUUGAUGCAUCUUAUUUGUGCUUGCAUGACAGCACCUAAAAAGGCUUUGGGGAGCCAAUGGCGGUGCUAUAGCAAUUUUUGAUUUGUGUUUUAAAUGAGUUUGAUAUUUUUAGAGUCAAGAGGCUGUGAACUGUACUGGGGCCUGUUACUUCCCCAGAGCCAAAGGGGCCUCUGCCCCCCACCCCGACCCCUACCCCCUUCCACCCCAGCUCCAUGGCCAAUUCACUGACAAAUCAUUGUAAAUCUCCGGAACAUUCUCGUUCAUUCCUUCUCGUGCCCCUGAGUAGAGGUCUGCAUGGAGCUAGAGAUGAGGCCUGACCCAAACCAGCUCGGCAAGGUCUAGCCAUAUUUUAAGCCGGAACUUGACAGAACCCAAUCACUGAAAUAGCAGGCCGCAAACACUGUUCAGCACAAUAGAAAAUAACGCAGUGUUUCCCACUGGAAUGCUGCUAGUGAAGGUGCUUGCGAUCACAGAACACUUCUGCCGGUUAGCGAUUGACAACAACGUAAAGCAAAGCUUCCAGUUUUUGUAGUGUACUUUCGUGCUCAACUAGUAAGUUGAAACUGCCACAUUUGAGCUUCCACACUUAUUUUUUGAACUUUUUUCCUGUUAAACAGGUUGUGUUAAGUUCGUCACAUGCACCUCUGCAACAGACAGCACAGGAGCAACAUCCUCUUUCUUUCAGUAUUUAUUUGCAUAAAGUAUUAGUAUGUUUGUAAAAUGGAGGAAAAGUUUAUAUUUUACGAUGAAAGCUAGCUAGCUUUAGCACCGUUUUUCCUUCUGUUAAAUGUUACGUUAACCAUUUUAUUUCUGCUGGGCUGUCAGAUACAGAUGUUUUAAUUUGCUGUUUGAACAUAAGGAUACACUUUCAAAACUGAAAGUUUUGCUCCAUUGUUAUCAAUUGUUGAUAACAGAAUUGUUGGUACCCUAAAUGUUUGUGAACUUCUGGGUUGGCAGUGGGCCCGUACCCAAUCUAACCUGAGUUAAAAAUUACCCGAUUGGCCCGAUUACCGGCCCAAUCACAGCGUACCUAAGGGGCGACUGGGUUCCGGGCAGGAUGCAGACCUCUGCUACUGAGUAAUGAGAAAAGGGCACUUCCCCAGUGGAGGGGACAGUUGUCCCACCCCACUUCACGCCCCACCCAGUCCUGGCCUCCUGAGUUAUGAGAAAUGGAUACUCCCACACACACAGAUGCCAAGGAGACAGACCCCACAUCCCAGCCCACCCUACCCCACCCCACAGAGCCUAUUUUGGCUGAAUCACAGGAUAUGCAGCAAAUUUAUUUUCUGAAUUUUUUAAGCCAUGAGAAAAAUGUUGUGCAAACCUAAUGCUGGGGUCAAGAUGAUGUAAAAUCUUUGCCCCCUCAAGCAAGCAAACUGCCAGCCUACAAAAGUGAUUCCCUGCUUUAGCGUCAAGGUAGAAAGGAGAGGGAAGAAAAAGAAACAAUUAAGGGACAGUGAAGAGAUAGAAAGACAGAGAGUGACAGCAUAAUUCCUCAGGUUUAAAAGGAGGAAAUUGAGUGAUAUGCAAAGAUAACAGAAACUGAAGAAUUUGUAAAGGAAAUGGUGUGCUUUGUCAUGUGAAGAUUUAUUGAUUAAGAUUUAAAAUGUUACGUUAUUAAAAAGUGAUAGGAAACAAAAAAAUAUACAUAAUUGUUUGAUGGUUCCUUGAAGGGUUGGCCUGUUUGUGUUUUGGUCAGUAUUAUGCUUUAUUGUGUGUGAUAGGGUAGAUAGAACAUUUUAUUGUGGCAGAAUCGUCCUUGCCUUCGAGAGAACCUCUUAAAACAUCCAACCCGCGAAUACACAGAUACUCCUGCCAAGACCCCAUGGCAACAUCUCUUGUGUUUGUGGCAUUUUCAUAUUUUAUGUGUCUGUGGGUGUCUACGGUGAAGAAGCUGGACACACGAAAUAGACUUGCACAACUGCCACGCGACAUGCCGGGUCCAUACCGGUUUUCGCUCGCCCGAGGUUCGCUGAGAGGAACGGUUGCAUGCCGUGAACAGUCUGGCAUGUCGAUCGUUUAGCCGCUGCUCGCGAGAACUGGCCUUAGCGCGGUGCCGGCUACAGCGCUGCCGUUGCUUCCGGGUACGACUCGUCGCCGAGGUAACCCCCAGUCCAGGAGUCGGCUCGUUGCCUUCGCGCGUAUCCCACUGCUGCCACCAGAUGGCUCUUUACGCUUUCGGGUGCCUGCAAAAUAAAAAAAUAAAUAAAUCAAUAAAAACCCGCCCCAGGUCUCAGAUAGGAGAGAUUUCAUUGCAUUCUGAUGGAGUUGGUUUUUUUCUCGAAAUGCUCUGGUCGUCGGCGUGUUUUUUGGACUGGACUUGAAAGAAGGAGCGUGUCCUUCUCUUUUUCGCUGCACAUUUUCUCAAACGAGUAAUCUCCAUAUCUUUGGUUUUUUUUUUUUUUUGAAUGCGUAAUCGUUUGUUGCAUUAUUUAUUGCUACUUAAUGAUCAUUUACUAGUCACUGUAUAAUUAUUACCAUUGGAUUUGCCUUUUUUAUGAUUUGAGUGGAGUAUCUUGAGGUGAGGGAUUUCGUACAGAAAUUCCUUGAGGAUCUUGAUUGCUCCCGGAAGGGAAUGUUGCUGAUGGUCCAAGUGGAAAGGAACUGCGGUGUACCAUGGCGGUCUGUGACAGAACAUCCUUACAAUUACACUAAACUACAGGGGACAUCAUUCUGCACAAUCUCUUAUCUGACCAAACUAUUUCACCAUGAUCUUUGGUGUGUGAAGGGCACUAUAGGCAGUUAUAAGUGUAUCAUAUUGCAAUUACUAUAUUACUUGUCAGUGUCCCCUUGUACCACAUAGGACUUACCAUGGUACAGUUUUCACCACAGCCCUGUACAGCACUGUCUACUUUGUGUAAUUAUUUAUAUAUGUAAGUGUCUUGUUUACAAUUAUUGUAAAGAAAUGAAACCCCAUAGGAAGUAAUGUAGUAAGAAAUACUAUAUGCAUUAUAAUACUGACUUUAUUUUAAAAAAGAUCUAUAUCGAUAGUGAUAUUAAAAAUAUGUAUGAAGAAAUUACUCUAUAUAGUGAGAGAUUUAUGAGAUCUAUUAAGCAGAGUUAGACAGAAAUCUAUGUUGAGAAAGAAAUAUAAGUCCAUUAUGUCUCAAUUAAGUCCAUGUUUACCUGGUUUGCACCCCCCCCCCCCCAUCCUAGAAUGAGAAUGUAUCAAAUACCCUCACCCACUGCCCUGCCUGUAACAGAAUAAAGACAAAGCAAUUUUAAACAAAACGUUUAAAAGAAACAAAA